CAAAAAAUUUAAAAAUAACAGAAGACAGCUGCUUCUUAGCAGCCAGCCGAAACAAGCUCAAAUACGGUCAAACCAAGUGAGAUGGCUUAUCGCAGUGAUAGGGAGCGGUGCAGUGGCGGAGAAUAUAGCGACAAGGGAGCAGGCUAGACGAGGCCCCUUGCAUCUUGGUCACUGCACUUGGAGCAGACGCUGUCCAGAGACGAACGCGCGAGCAUGUCGGCCGAGAAAGAGUUAUCCGGUCGCCUUGCAGUGGUCACCGGAGGAGGCAGCGGAAUUGGGGAAGCCAUCUGUCAUGUGCUAGCCGAGAGAGGUGCCCGUGUCGUCGUAGCUGACAUCAAUUUCGAAGCGGCUCAAAAGGUCUCGAGCUGCCUGCCAGGGGACCAGGACCACCGCGCCGUGCAAGUGGACGUGGGUGAAUCGGCGUCCGUCGAGAAACUGUUUGAGGAAACUCAGGGGUUCAGUGGUGGCACACCAGUCAGCAUAGUCAUUAAUAACGCCGGCAUCGGCGCUCGCUUCGCUUCAAUUGCUGACGCUAGCGAAGACGACUUUGAUCACAUUAUAAAAACUAAUCUCAAGGGAACAUUCCUUAUGAGCCGCGCAGGAAUUCGUCUGAUGCUGGCAGCCGGGGUCAAAGAAGGAGCCGUGGUCAACGUGUCGAGCCUCGCAGCCAAGAGCGGAAUGAAGGGCAUUGCUAGUUACGUAGCCUCCAAGUCCGGCAUCUUGGGACUGACCAAGUCAAUGGCCCUAGACGUCGCAGCCACGGGCAUACGCUGCAACGCCGUACUUCCCGGCUUUACGGUGACGCCCCUCUCUGACCACCUGACUGCAGAAGAGAAGGAGCAACUUACCGCAAGCAUCCCACUCGGUCGCCCUGCCCAACCACGAGAGGUGGCUCAGCUGGUGGCCUUCCUGUGUGGGCCACAAAGUUCGUAUAUGGUUGGCGCAGCUGUUGAAGUCUCGGGAGGCGCGAUGCUGUAAUAAAGGUGGCACCUACACCACGUGAUCGAAUUCAUUGUGUACCAUGAAUAAUACUGGAAAAAAUGUAAUCAAUUCAUAUACUUGUGUCAUUCGCCACUACAAUAAGGCAUGAACCACUAACACCGCGAGCAGAAAAGAGAAACCUUGUCAGGGCAGGUCGUCGUACGAGACAAUUUCUUUGGCUAGCUACCUUCCUUAGGCUAUCAUAAUGAAAAACAGGAGAAGUGUGACACUUGCACAAGCACAUUUUAUCAUGCAAAAGGCAAUUAUUUGUUGUAUUUAUAACUAUUGUCCUUUUUUUCCCGAAAAGUUGAAUAGAAAGAUUUUUGUUUCCGACUGGAUCAGGGAAAUUGAAACUGACAUGUUUGUUGUCUUAAGAACUGUAGAUAGAAUAAAAUAAUGAGUCCAACUGGUUUCAAUUGGCUUACGCGCCUUUCAAUAACCUAAGGAUCUAAGAAAAAAGCGUGAAAUUACUUCUUGCACAAACUUGCCGGCCAAGUGUUUGAGUGCUGUCUUUCUUGGCCGAUAUUCAGCAAGAUCGCUGCGGCAGCCACGGUCAGCAAAGC